GUCAGCAGGCGGCCAAGUCCUCCCUCGGCGAGUGCUGCACGGUCAUCCACAACCCCGACGUGCAGCCGAUCGUGCCCGUGCUCAUCUCGGCGAACGCGAACCCCAAGGAGAACGUCACGGCGCUGGACCGCCUCAUGGGCACGACGUUCGUGUCCCAGGUCGACCGCCCGACGCUGGCCAUCAUUGUUCCCGUCCUCGGCCGCGGCCUCCGCGACCGCGACGUGCAGAUGAAGCGCAAGUGCUGCGUCGUCGUCGACAACAUGUGCAAACUCGUCUGCGACGCCAAGGACGUCGAGCCCUUCAUCGACAAGCUCCUGCCCGAGCUCAAGCGCGUCGAGGAGGAGGUGCCCAUCCCGGAGAUCCGCGCGUACGGCGCGAAGGCCAAGGCGACGCUCGUCAAGGCCAUCAAGGACGGCGGCGGCAAGGUCCCCGCCGAGUUCGAGUAG